GAAGCAAGGGGGACUCUGGGAUCUUUUUCGGGGAGCUCCGCAGUGUGUUUAUUUGGAGGAUGAGAAAGGGCAAGGACUCGAGGGAGGAGUGAGUGGGUGGACCCUCCCAGGGGCAGAGCAAAACCGAGGAAGGGAUGGGUGGAAAAUCAAGACUGAAGGAGAAGCAUGCAGGUCACUAGUAGAAAGAGCAAGAUGUAAAAAGAAAGGACAACAGAGAAAAUCAACAAUAGAAAGCAAUGAAAGGAAGAAUGAAACUCCUGUUCAUGCUGGUAACUGCCAAGAAACUCCAAUCCAAGAAGAAAUAGAGAAGGGAAAGCAAAAGAGGAAGCCCAUCUCCUGUGAGAAUAGCAUUGGUUAUAAAUUGUGGCUUAAAUGUCACUGGGGAAUGAAGAGAAGGGAGAAGAAACCAUUUAAGUGCUUGGUGUGUAGAAAGGGCUUCAGUCGGAACUCACAUCUAAGAGAACACCAAGGAAUUCACACAGGAGAGAAACCAUUUAAAUGCUUGGAGUGUGGAAAGAGCUUCAAUCAUGGUUCACAUCUUAGAAAACAUCAAAGAAUUCACACAGGAGAUAAACCAUUUAAAUGCCUGGAGUGUGGAAAGAGCUUUAUUCAGAACUCUCAUCUUAGACAAAACCAAGUAAUGCAUACAGGGGAGAAACCAUUUAGAUGCUUGGAGUGUAGAAAGUGCUUCAAUAAGAGCACAAACCUUACACAACAUAAAAGAAUUCACACAGGAGAGAAACCAUUUAUAUGCUUAGUGUGGAAAGAUCAUCACUUGGAGGGGAGAUCUUAACGAACACCAAGGAAUUCACACAGGAGAGAAACCAUGUACUGUAAAUGCAUGUAGUGUGGAAAGAGCUUCAUUCAGAGCUCAGUUUUUAGAGAACAUGGAAAAAUUCACACAGUAGAAAGACCAUUACGAUGCUUGGAGUGUGGAAAGAGCUUCAACCUUAGGAAGAACAUAGGAAGCUGCCAUAUACUGAGUCAGACCAUACGUCCAUCUCACUCAGUAUUGUCUACACAGACUGGCAACGGCUUCUCCAAGGUUGCAGGCAGGAAUCUCUCUCAGCCCUAUCUUGGAGAUGCCAGGGAAGGAAUUUGGAGCCUCUAUGCUCUUCCCAGAGCGGCUCCAUCCCCUAAGGGGAAUAUCUUACAGCGCUCACACUUCUAGUCUCCCUUUCGUAUGCAACCAGGGUGGAUCCUGCUUAGCUUAAGGGAACAAGUCAUGCUUGCUACCACAAGACCAGCUCUCUUCCCUACCUUAAAGAACAUGAAUUCAGUUCUUAGAGAACAUGAAAGAAUUCUAACAGGAGAGAAACCAUUUUGAUGCUUUCAGUGUGGAAAGAGCGUCAGUCAAAGAGGAUGUCUUAAGGAACACCAAGAAAUUCACACAGGAAUUCAAGAGCUUCAUUUGUAGCUCAAAUCUUAAGAAACAACAAGGAAUACACACUGGAAUACAAGAGUUUCAGUUGGAGCUGAGAUCUUAAGAAUCACUAAGGAAUUCACACAGGAGAGAAACCACGUAAAUGGCUGGAGUGUUGAAAGAGCUUUAGACAGAGAUCAGUCCUUGCAAAACACCAAGGAAUUCACAAAGGAGAAAAAUGAUACAAAUGCCUAGAGUGUGGAAAGAGCUUCAAUCCUAGCUCCCACAUUACACAAGAUGAAAGAAUUCACACCUGGAAGGAUAUACAUGUUUUUAAUGUAGAUGGAGCUUGCAUCUCCCUUCCCCUUCCCCUUCCCAAAGUAGUU